ACAGGAUUAUUAAAGAGCCAAUGGAUUUUGGAACCAUAAGGACAAAACUUCAGGAAGGAAAAUAUACAAGCUUACAACAGUUUGAGCAUGAUGUGCAUCUAAUAUCCGCCAAUGCAAUGCACUUCAAUUCAUCGACCACCGUUUUUUACCAAGAGGCUCGAGCUAUACAAGAGCUAGCGCAGCAGCUUUUCCAAUCUCUAAGAGCUGAUCCAGAACAGUUUCAGUUACAAUUCUUACUGACAAAAAGAGGCCCUGGUAGGAAGCCGCAAAAUCAAGGCAGAGGUUCACAUAGAAGCGUUCCUAGAUCAGUUGGCCGACCGAGUUCCUCGCGUGGUCCAUAUGUUAGAAGGAAAAGUCAAGCAGGCUCAUCUAAUGCAAACUCUUCCGGAAUGAGAAAUGGUAGAAACUCGAACUUAAUGGAAUCAGAGAGGCGUGAAACUUAUAGGCUUUCGGAUGAGGAUAAAUCAUUAUUAUCAGUUGUCCAUGAUUCUGCAAAGAUACUUCUUCAUGUUGAUAAUGGUGAUUCUGGAUAUAAAGAAAGUUUGAUGCAGUUUGCUAAAAAUUUGGGGCCAACAGCUCAAAUGCUAGCUGAAAGUAAGUUGGUACAAGCUUUCAGCCAACCUCCGAAUUGCCAGCCUCAAGCCACUCGUCCAAUACAAACCCAGAACUACAUGGCUCCUGCUCCAGUCCUAGCUUUGCCAGCACCAGAGGUACCUGGUCACCUUCUCGAUGGUAACAUUAAUGGUCAAAUACAUCGUGGUUCCCCAUAUUACUUGCCCAACAUUGAUUCAAGUGCUUCAUAUUUUCACGGUGAUGCUUCUGCACAAGGAUAUGCAAGAGCCACCAACGGUGGUAUACAUAUAAAUGAUAGUGCUAACAGGAGAAACAUGAACCCUCCUAGCACAUCCCAGUUAGGCAUGCUUCCGAACUAUCGUGACAAGGGAAAAAUGGUUGUUGAUCUAAAUCAAAACAUGGAGCUCGUAGGGCCUGGUGAUACAGAAGCCAGGGCCCAUUCUCAAAAUGUAAACAGCAAUGUUCGGUUGGAGUCACAUAUCCGUGUUGUUAGAGAUUUCAGUAGUCCUGGGACUUCAAGCAGUGGCAUGAAGUUCAGGGCUGUGGACAUGUUGGGCAAGCCUAACCCCCUAGAAAACCAGCAGCAGUUUCAGCAAGCUCAUCAGUUGCCUAGUAGUACUGGGACUUCAAACAGUGGCAUACUCUCUUGGGCCGUGAAUAGGUUGGCCAAUACUAGUCGCCAGGAAAACCAGCAGCUUCAGCCAGCUCAGUUGUCUAGUACUGGAUCAUCCAACCAGUCAAGUUUACUAGAGAUCAUGGCCGGAAGAAGUACCUAUUUGAAGCCAUCAUCAUCUUCGUUGCGCUCUUCAUCUGCAAUGUUAUCAAGUUUGAGUGAGGCAUCAACCUCCUGGAAUGAUUUUGGCUCACACCUGAACAACAACAAUGCAGCUAAAUCUGCACAGACAGGUCAGCAGCUUCAAUGGAGCCAACGCAGUGCAGAACAAGAUCUGCAAGAAAAUUGUAGCUUUCUAGAAAUGCUUGGUGACGGCUGUAACCCAUGGGACAAGAGUAGUACACUUUUGAGAAACGAACAACAUCUUGAUGACGUUAAUUAUUCUUUGGGAAGUAAUGCAUUUAUGAGAAAUGAACAACAGCUUGGAGAGGUUAAUUGUCAAUCGGGGAACAGUACAUCAAUGAGAAAUGAACAACUGUUUGGUGAGGGUGGUGCUCAAUGGGGGAGCAAUACAUUUCUGAGGAAAGAACAACAUCUUGCCGACAGUAACUUUCCUCUGGAAAACAAUACAUUUUUGAGGAAAGAACAACAGCUCAAUGGGGGUAACUUUCUGUUGGGGAAUGGUACAUUUAUGAGGAAAGAGCAACAGCUGGAUGUGGAGAACUUUCACUUGGGGAAUAGUACAUGUUUGAGUAAAGAGAAACAGCCUGAGAAUGGCAACUUCCAAGUGGGAAAUAGCACAUUUAUGAGGAAAGACCAACUUGAUGAAGCUAAUUUCCAAUUUGGGAAUAGUACUUUCUUGAGGACAGAACAACAGUUUGAUCAGGGUACUUUUCUACUGGGGAAGACUUCAUUUAUGAGCAAAGAACCACAGCUUGAUCGUGGUAAUGUUCAAAUGGGGAAUAGUACAUUUAUGAGCAAAGAACAACUGCUUAAUGAGGGUGCUUUCAGACAGGGGAACAGUACCUUUAUGAGCAGAGGACAACAACUUGGUGAAGGUUCUUUUCAAUUGGGGAACAGUACAUGUAUGUGGACAGAGCAACAGAUUGAUGAGGUCAAUCACCAAUGGUGGAAUAGUACAUAUUCGAGGACCAGUACAUUUUCGAGGAAAGACCACCAAUAUCUGGGGAGGAGUGAACAACAGCAGCCUGUGGAUGAGGGAGUAAUGCCGGACUGGUACAGUGCAAUAUGUUCUGCCAAUGAAAGAGCUACUAGUAGUAGUAGUAGUACUCAAUGGUACCAAAAGGAGCCUAUUGAUCAAUCUUUGCUGCCCUUGCUCUUGGUGGACAAUCAGCAGCCUAACUUGGCUCUUCAGCUGUGA